UGUCCGGCGAGCGGCCGCCGGUGCAGUCCAGUCGGCGGCCGCAUCCACAGCAUGGCCGGCCUGGGGCGGCCCGACCCGGGGCCGCGCACCGCGAUGCCCGCCUGGAAGCGGGAGAUCCUUGAGCGGAGGCGAGCUAAACUGGCUGCCCUGAGCGGAGGACCGGGACCCGGAGCGGCGUCGGAGGGAUCGAACGAGCGGCUGGUGCUGGCCGAGAGUCUAGGUCCACUGAGCGAGAACCCGUUCAUGCGACUUGAAUCGGAGCGGCGGCGCGGGGCACGGCCCGCUCAGCAACUGCUGGAGCUGUACUGUCGUGUGCCCGGCGUGCGUACCAUUCGAGCCGACAACAUCCUCAUCAUCGAGUCAGCGCCUGGCUUCCCGCCCGCUGUGCGGCCCGCUGCGGGCAUCCGCGCAGCCGAGGUAGUGGUGUACGAAGCGCCACAGCCCGGCCGUGUCAGCCGCCUGCUGGAGAAGUUCGAUUCGUCAGCGGUGCCGCGCCGCCGCGGGAGCCCCGAGCGCUUCCGCCCUGCGCUCCCGCUGCUUCCCGUGGCGUCUGCACCUACUGCCAAGCGCGCUCCCAACAAUCGGUCGUUGGCUCCUGCCCCACCUGUGUCCCCCUGCCAGCCUGCACUCCCUAUUUCACCUGUCCCCGUUACCCAGCGCGCGGGUCAUCGUUCCGCCUGUUUCGAGCCCGCGCACCCCGAUAACACUGUAGGCCCCGCUCGGCGCGGCGACUUCCUACAGAAGACCGGCAGCAACUCUUUCACCGUUCAUCCCCGGGGCCUGCCCCGCGGUGCGGACAAUCGCUCGCUUUCUAAUGGACCCAUGACCCAGGAGUCCCCUGCCAGCCCUGCCAAUGGGCUGUCGGGCUCUCCGCCUGUGCCGGGCAAGUGGAAGCCAAAGGUGGAGUCAGGGGAACCCUCCCUCCACCCGUCCUCAAGCCUUGGGACCCCAAGUGCCACUACAGUUGGGCCCCCUGCCUUUCCGGCGCCCAGCCCAGCCAGUGCCACCCCCAGCCAGCGUCAGUGGGUCUCCUCUGCUACCAGCGCCAAUGAUUCCUUUGAAAUAAGGCCAGCCCCCAAGCCAGACAUGGAAACUAUCCCAAUAGGGGACCUUCAGGCCAGGGCCCUGGCCAACCUCCGUGUGAACUCCCGAAACUCCUUCGUGUUGAUCCCCAAGCGCAAGGCCCCUGGAAACUAUCCUUCGCAAGGGAGGCAAUCCGAGGAGCCAAACGGGGAAAUGGGCCGGGCCUCCAAGAGCCAGGGGCUCGGAGCCCAGCUGGUGUCUACAGAUGAUGGUUCACCUGCCCCAGAGAGGAGUCCCUUGGUUGCUGAGAUGCAGUGGGCGGUCAGGGAGGGGGGAUGCCCUAGGCCAGCCACUUCCAUCACAGACAGGUCUGUUAGGUGGCAGAGGCCAUCCUCGCCACCUCCAUUUCUACCAACCACUGUUGAAGCUGAGCCAGUGGAGGGCUUGGAGGUUCCUGGCUUGGCCAAGGAUGGCCAGGAGCCUGUGAGGCCAGGACUUCCAGUCACCUUCAUUGAUGAAGUAGACUCAGAGGAGGAGGCCUUUCAAGAAGCCAAACUGUCCUCCUCAGCAGUUGGUGUGCCUCCCCAGGACUACCUGCACCUUGCCAGGCCUGGGCACACCUCAGAACUCCCCAACCGAGGCAGCAACACUUUCAUAGUAGUGCCUAAGAGGAAGCCAGGGACCCUUCAGGAGCCACACUUGAUUAAGACCAAUGGGCAGUCCCAGCAACAGGAGGCUGAGGAACAGGAUGCUGACAGCCUCUCAGGCCCCCACACUGCCCUGGAGAACACCCUAAAGAAACGCUACCCCACUGUGCAUGAAAUCGAGGUGAUUGGUGGAUACCUGGCCCUGCAGAAGUCCUGCCUCAUCAAGGCUGGCUCCUCAAGAAAAAAGAUGAAGAUCUCCUUCAAUGACAAGAGCCUGCAUACAACAUUUGAGUACCCCUCUGAGAGCUCCCUGGCACAAGGCGAGGCAGAGGAGGAGGAAGAGGAAGGAGAGGAAGAUGAGGAAGAGGAGGAGGAAGCAGGACCUGACUCGGAGAAGCCCUUUGCCCUUUUCCUGCCGCGGGCCACGUUUGUAAGCAGUGUGGGACCUGAGAGCCCCCGACUACUAGAUGGCAGCUCAGGUCUAUCCAGCUACACUCCAAAGCAUUCCGUGGCCUUCAGUAAGUGGCAGGAGCAGACACUGGUGCAGGCUCCAAGUGAGGUGGAACUCCCACCAAAGGAUGUGAUGCUCACACCUGCCAGUCAGAAUGAUCUCUCGGACUUCCGCAGCGAGCCAGCCCUCUAUUUCUGAUCCCUGGAACUGUCAAGAUGGCCAAGACUUAGCCCUAGGUGUGGUGGUCCUGGAAGCCAGUCAAUACCCAGGAGCCCUGACUCUACCCUGUGCCCCUUCCGUCUGGCUCUCCCUGUCCUCUUCACUCUCUGUUGCCUCCUUCUGCCUUUAGGGCCAGGCCUGAAAUCUCACUCCAAGGAAGAACAAGUGGAAAUUGCCUGUGGGACAGGCUGACGUCUGUCCGUACUGUCCCAACUGGGAUGAGGUGGAGGCCUGAAGGGAUCUUGCCUUAGGGUGCUGUUUUGUCCUGACUUGCAGCUCCUGCCUUCUGGAGUGCUCACUGUCAGGAGUGAGAGGCUAUCUUGGCUAUUUGUUCUUUGCUGAACCCCAAGUUCCUGCCCUCAGCCCAUGAUUCUACUAUGGUGGAACUCAGCUACCCUUCAAAACAGAUGGCAGGGUGUUGUCUCUCCCCCCCCCCCCCAU